GUCCGGGCCGAUCCCCUUCCUCACAUCCGCUCUAUCCACCGUGGAGCAACUCGUUAGUGCGGGUCACGCAUGCGCAGAGCCUUCUUUCGCGCUUCCCGUGCCUCCGCCCCUCUCUGUCUUCUCUUCCCUGGGAGCAGCUCUCCUGCCUUGACCCCUGACCCCUGAAAAUGUAUGCCUGCUCCAAGUUCCUCUCUACCCGCUCCUUGGUGCAGAGCACCUCCCAGCUACUGAGUCGACCUCUAUCUGCGGUGGUGUUGAACCGACCAGAGACAUUGGCAGAUGCGAGCCUCAGCAGCUUGGCAGUCCCACGUCCCCGGACCUCACUCAUCCCUACCUGCAGCUUCCAAACCAGCGCCAUAUUGAGGGACAUCGACACAGCAGCCAAGUUCAUUGGGGCUGGGGCUGCCACCGUUGGGGUGGCUGGCUCUGGGGCUGGGAUUGGGACUGUGUUUGGGAGCCUCAUCAUUGGUUAUGCCAGGAACCCUUCUCUGAAGCAACAGCUCUUCUCCUAUGCAAUUCUGGGCUUUGCCCUCUCGGAGGCCAUGGGGCUCUUUUGCCUAAUGGUGGCCUUUCUGAUCCUCUUCGCCAUGUGAAACAGCAGCUGUCUCCACCUCCCAUAGUUGUUUCUCCCAUGUCUUGUCUGCCCUGUAUGUUCCUUUUCCUGUACCUCCCCAGGAAAUCUGGGGAAAGUGGUUGGCUCAGGGUUUGACAGAGAGAAGACAAAUAAAUACUGUAUUAAUAAGA